AUGGUGAAUGCGACUGUCGCCCCAGAGGGCAUCUACACAACGUGAGUAACAUCUCCAUGGCGUCAAACUUCCUGACGCGAAGGUACCUCGAGACACGCUCUUUGCAACAUCUGACAUUGGUCGCGUAUCCGAUGCCUGACUUGCAGUGCCGAUGGGCAGGAGUAUCUCUACAAUGUCGGAGACAUCUCGUGGGUCCUCACAUCAAGCGCUCUGGUCUUCAUCAUGAUUCCCGGUCUGGGCUUCUUCUACUCGGGUCUGCUGCGCAAGAGAAGUGCUUUGAGUAUGAUCUGGAUGUCCAUGGCGGUCUUGUGAGUGCAGUUGGCCUACCGAUUGGAGCACUGGAUCGCCUAGUUCUAAUCCGCCGUUACACGCAUUUCCCUCUGUAGUGCUGUCGUUUUCUUCGAAUGGUUCUUCUGGGGCUUCUCGCUCGCCUUCUCCAAGACCGGCUCGCCCUUCAUUGGUAACUUGGACCACUUUGGCUUCAUGGGUGUCGACAUUGGACCCUCGACCGGCUCCGAUUUCAUGCCCCAGUUGGUGUACGCAUUCUACCAGGCCAUGUUCGCGUGCAUCACGCCAGUGAUUGCUUGCGGUGCUUUUGCAGACCGGGCUAGGCUCGGACCCGUUCUUCUCUUUGCCUUCUGCUGGGCUACCAUUGUCUACAACCCUCUGGCAUGCUGGACCUGGAACCUGUCUUCCGGCUGGCUUGCAAGCUUGGGCGCCCUCGACUUUGCGGGAGGAACACCCGUCCACAUUUCCUCCGGAACAGCCGCAUUCGCGAUCUCCCUAUUCCUCGGCCGCAGAAAAGGGUACGGCACGGACGCCCUCGCCUACAGGCCUCACAACGUCGCCAACGUCAUCCUCGGCACCGUCUUCCUGUUCUUCGGCUGGUUCGGUUUCAACGGCGGUAGCGCUCUUGGUGCUAACCUGCGCGCAGCAAUGGCCAGCACUGUCACUGCCCUGUCCGCCUCCGUCGCCGGAUUGACUUGGAUGCUGCUGGACUGGCGCCUCGAGCGCAAGUGGUCCGCUGUGGGUCUCUGCAGUGGUAUCAUCUCUGGUCUCGUCGCCAUCACUCCCGCUUCUGGAUAUGUCGGCGCUCCCGCUGCCGUCGCCAUCGGCUUUGUGGGCGCAGUCUGCUGCAACUUUGCAACCAGUUUCAAGGGCCUUGUCGGUGUUGACGAUGCGCUCGACAUCUUCGCUGCCCACGGUGUGGGAGGCUUUGUAGGUGACAUCCUCACUGCUUUCUUCGCCGACAGCCGAGUCGCUUCAUUCGACGGCUCUGCCCCCAUCGACGGGUGAGUAUGCGAAGAGUGCACAUGACGCAUGCUUGUGGCCCGAGCUGAACUUUCAAUUUUGCUCUCAUUCAGUGGAUGGAUCAACCGUAACUGGAUCCAGCUCGGAUAUCAACUUGCUGAUGCGACGGCAGGAAUGGCGUACAGCUUCGUCGUCACUCUGAUCCUCCUCUUCCUCAUCGACCGCAUUCCUGGUUGCCACUUCCGCGCUUCUGAGGAGGCCGAGGUCAUUGGUGUCGACCUCGACCAGAUCGGAGAAGAGGCCAUUGUGUUCCCAGCCAACCACAGCCCUUACUCUGAUGAUGUGGAGCGCGCAGAGUCCAACACUCCUCACGGCAGCACGUACAAGGCCGACGAGAAGCCCUCUGCGCAGCCUCAAGGCGAGGUCGUAGCAGCCUGA